GGGGCGGGUGUGGCAAAGCAAACAAACAAACAGGCGACAUUACGGUCGUCGGAUCGGAGCGAGCGACAACUCGAGUUUCUCUCAACUCAACGAAGGAAGAAAAGGAAAAGGAGAAGGAGAUGAGGAGGUUUAGGGUUCAUCCUCCGUCUCCAUGGCCGCCGUUGUUCGCUUCCCGUCCAAGCCCUCACCACCACCAUCGCUGCUGCCCCCUCCACGCUUCCGCCAACUCCGGCGCCCGCCAAGCUCAAGGAAAUUUUAUCCUACCUGGUGCGACUGCAGCAACUAUUGUCAUGUUUGGUAUUCUUCAUGCUAGGCGUAUGUACGAGGACCAAAAAGUUGUUGAAAGGAAGGAGAAAGGAAUUCAGCCAGAAUUCUCGCCAGAUUUCAUGGCUUCAUUUCUGAGGCUUCUACCAUUGCGUUCGAUAUCACGUUUAUGGGGAUCCUUGAUGGAAGUGGAACUUCCAGUGUUCAUGCGACCUGCCAUCUAUAAAGCAUGGGCUAGAGCCUUCCACUCCGAUUUGCAAGAAGCUGCUCUGCCACUAGAAGAAUACCCUUCUUUACAGGCCUUCUUCAUCCGUAGUCUCAAAGAGGGUUCAAGGCCUAUUGAUGCAGACCCAAACUGUCUGGUGAGUCCUGUGGAUGGUAAAGUUCUGCGGUUUGGAGAACUUAGAGGUCCAGGAACCAUGAUUGAGCAAGUGAAAGGCUUUUCUUAUUCUGCUGCUUCUCUUCUCGGUGCAAGUUCAUUUCUACAUGGUGCUGCAGAAGAAGAUCUUCCUAGAGAGCAUACAGAACAAAAUAUGCCUGCAGAUGCUAAUGCAAAAUCAUGGUGGCGAGUAUCAGUUGCUUCACCCAAAUUACGGGAUCGAACUCUGCUCAGCCCAAAGAAAGGCAUCUUCUACUGUGUCAUUUAUCUGCACCCUGGUGAUUAUCAUCGAAUUCACUCCCCUAUUGAUUGGAAUAUCGUAAAGCGUCGGCAUUUCUCAGGUCAUCUCUUCCCCCAAAAUGACCGCGCUGUGCAGACCAUCAGAAACUUGUAUGUUGAGAAUGAAAGGGUAGUACUUGAAGGCCACUGGAAGGAAGGUUUUGUUGCAAUAGCAGCCGUAGGUGCUACUAAUGUCGGUUCUAUCAAAGUAUUUGUUGAACCAGAGCUAAGAACAAACAGGGCAGGGUCGAAGAUACUGAAGUUCCAGGCUCCCGAUGAGUGUGUUUAUGAACCUGAAGGCACAGGUGUGAUGGUUAAAAAGGGGGAAGAGGUAGCAGGAUUUAACAUGGGAUCUACCGUGGUGAUGGUGUUUGAGGCUCCUGUGUCGUCGAAGGCAAGAGAGAAGGGCCGUGUGGCGUCAGAUUUCGAUUUCUGUAUCAAGGCUGGCGAUAGGAUCAGGGUAGGAGAAGCCAUUGGGCGAUGGAGUGCAUGAAUCCACCUAUUAUGAAGCUCUAUAUCUUGAUCCUUGCAUCAUGAAAUGAUGAUUUUGAGCUGCUGCAACUGCACUUCUAGUUCUUGUAUCUGUACUUGUGUAGGGAUUAGGGAAGGAGCCAACCAGCCAGCCAGGCUCUGGUUGAAUGCAGGAAAUGUACCAAACGAAAUAAGGGGUGAUUUUUUGGUUUUCAAUGGAAAAAUCAUAAUAUCAUAUUUACAAACGAAAAAUAA